CGUAAACGUCCGUACACAUGUUAUUUUUCUACAUAUGUUGACGGAACAGCUAUUCCACUUUCAAUCACAUGUGAUAUGAACAGAUCCACAAUUGGUCAAAAUGAACCAAGGCUACGGAAGCCGAAUCAUGACAUGCUGCUGGAUUUUUGAAUUCUGAGCAGUAUUUUCGCACACAUAGCCAUAGGUGGCUAUCUAUCCGAAAAGCAAAGGGAUUCGGGGUUAUCUUUUUGCUUUACAAAUAAUUUCUGAUAACAAAACCUUUUGCUACUUCAUACAUUUUAGUUGCGUCCGCCAUUCUGUCAAUGGUCAGUGAAACGGUACUGUUAACAAAGCGAUUACGGAUCUGACAAAUCGGUGCAACCAGGAUGGAGUGGCAACCAGAUGAACAAGGUCUACAGCAGGUACUUCAGCUACUGAAAGACUCCCAAUCCCCCGACACGGCCACGCAGAGAGCUGUGCAGGAAAAACUGGAGCAGCUUAACCAGUUCCCAGACUUCAACAACUAUCUCAUCUUCGUCCUUACAAGUCUGAAAUCUGAGGAUGAGCCGACGCGCUCCCUGAGCGGUCUCAUAUUGAAGAACAACGUGAAGGCCCACUACCAGAACUUCCCACCUCUUGUGGCCGACUUCAUCAAGCGGGAAUGUCUCAACAACAUUGGAGACCCUUCGCCACUCAUCCGAGCCACCAUUGGUAUCUUGAUAACCACCAUAGCAUCUAAAGGAGAGCUCCAGACGUGGCCUGAACUCCUCCCUCAGCUCUGCAACCUGCUCAACUCGGAGGAUUACAACACCUGCGAGGGUUCCUUUGGGGCUCUGCAGAAGAUCUGCGAGGAUUCGUCCGAGCUGUUGGACAGCGACGCACUCAACAGGCCCCUGAACAUCAUGAUCCCCAAGUUCCUGCAGUUCUUUAAACACUGCAGCCCCAAGAUCAGGUCUCAUGCCAUAGCGUGUGUCAAUCAGUUCAUCAUCAGCCGCGCCCAGGCUCUGAUGGACAACAUCGACACCUUCAUCGAGAGUCUGUUUGCUCUGGCGGGUGAUGAAGACUGUGAGGUGAGGAAGAACGUGUGCCGGGCUCUGGUGAUGCUGCUGGAGGUCCGGAUUGAUCGCCUCAUACCUCACAUGCACAGCAUCAUCCAGUACAUGCUGCAGCGAACCCAGGACCCAGAUGAGAAUGUCAGCCUGGAGGCCUGUGAGUUCUGGCUCACCUUGGCUGAACAGCCCAUCUGCAAGGAGGCCCUGUCAGGACACCUGGUCCAACUCAUCCCAAUCCUGGUGAAUGGGAUGAAGUACUCCGAGAUAGAUAUCAUCCUUUUGAAGGGAGAUGUGGAGGAGGAGGACGACACGGUCCCCGACAGUGAGCAGGACAUAAAGCCCCGCUUCCACAAGUCCCGGACCGUCACCCUGCAGCACGAGGGGGGAGAGGGGGAGGAGGGGGAGGACGAUGAAGACGAGGACGACGAUGACGACACGCUUUCUGACUGGAACCUGCGGAAGUGUUCGGCGGCUGCCUUGGACGUGCUGGCCAACGUGUUCCGCGAUGACCUCCUCCCGCACCUCCUGCCCCUGCUGAAGGGCCUGCUGUUCCACCCCGACUGGGUCGUCAAGGAGUCGGGGAUACUGGUGCUGGGGGCCAUCGCUGAGGGUUGUAUGCAGGGCAUGGUCCCCUACCUGCCGGAGCUGAUGCCUCACCUAAUCCAGUGUCUGUGUGAUAAGAAGGCCCUGGUGCGCUCCAUCGCCUGCUGGACGCUGUCCCGCUACGCCCACUGGGUGGUGGGGCAGCCCCCGGACUCCCACCUCAAACCCCUGAUGACCGAGCUGCUCAAGAGGAUCCUGGACGGGAACAAGAGGGUGCAGGAGGCCGCGUGCAGUGCCUUUGCUACUCUAGAGGAGGAGGCGUGCACAGAACUGGUUCCCUAUCUGAGCUUCAUCCUGGACACUCUGGUGUUUGCCUUUGGGAAGUACCAACACAAGAACCUGCUGAUUCUCUACGACGCCAUUGGGACCCUGGCAGACUCUGUGGGUCACCACCUCAACCAGCCGGAGUACAUAGAGAAGUUGAUGCCUCCCCUUAUAGCGAAGUGGAACGAGCUGAAGGACGAGGACAAGGACCUGUUCCCCCUGUUAGAGUGUCUGUCGUCCGUAGCGACCGCCCUGCAGAAUGGCUUCCUGCCUUACUGUGAACCAGUCUACCAACGCUGUGUCACCCUGGUCCAGAAGACCCUGGCCCAGGCCAUGAUGUACAGCCAGCAGCCUGAGCAGUAUGAGGCCCCUGACAAGGACUUCAUGAUCGUGGCCCUGGACCUCCUCAGUGGGCUGGCCGAGGGCCUGGGGGCCCACGUGGAUCAGCUGGUGGCCCGGAGCAAUGUCAUGACCCUGUUGUUCCAGUGCAUGCAGGAUACGAUGCCGGAGGUGAGACAGAGCUCCUUUGCUCUGCUGGGUGACCUGACCAAAGCCUGUUUCCCUCAUGUCAAGCCGUGCAUUGCUGAGUUCAUGCCCAUACUAGGUACCAACCUGAACCCGGAGUUCAUCUCUGUGUGCAACAACGCAACCUGGGCCAUCGGAGAGAUCUGCAUGCAGAUGGGUGUGGAGAUGCAGCCGUAUGUGUCCAUGGUCCUGAAUCAGCUGGUGGAGAUCAUCAACAGACCCAACACACCCAAGACCCUGCUGGAGAACACCGCCAUCACCAUUGGUCGUCUAGGUUACGUGUGCCCUCAGGAGGUGGCUCCCAUGUUGCAGCAGUUCAUCAGACCCUGGUGUACGUCACUACGAAACAUCCGCGAUAAUGAGGAGAAAGACUCCGCCUUCCGAGGGAUCUGCAUGAUGAUUGGUGUAAACCCUGGAGGCGUGGUCCAGGACUUCAUCUUCUUCUGCGACGCGGUGGCCUCCUGGGUGACCCCUAAAGACGACCUCCGAGACAUGUUCUACAAGAUCCUUCAUGGCUUUAAGGACCAGGUGGGUGAGGAGAACUGGCAGCAGUUUUCAGAACAGUUUCCCCCUCAGCUGAAGGAGAGGCUGUCUGCCUGCUAUGGAGUCUAGAACCCCCCCCCGUAACCUAACAUCAGGUGAGCCAGUAGUUGUGGAGGAGGGUGAACGGGAAACUCAUCCAUCCAUGUUAUUGCACUGCCCUGAACAGACCUGGGGGGGAGGGGGGGGAGGAGAGGGAUGCACCACGCCAUUGGCCGCUCCCCCUCACGGACGGCCCCCACGCCCUGUGUU